AUGUUACUGGAUCUGGAUUCGAUACAGGCUAGGAGCCAUAUACCACAAUACUUAAUUCCAGCCGCGGAUUCAUAUUACAAUGGUAUGGUCCCUAGUUUAAGAUUUAACACCACUAUGGUUGUUAUUUUUGGUAUAUUUAUUAUAUAUCACACAGCAGUGGGGAUCUAUACCAAGCAAUGGUGGUUUAUGGUUGCAUUCUUUUGUGCAGCUGCAUUAGAAUUUAUGGGUUAUAUAGGUAGAAUCCUUAGUCACUCAGAUGUUCAAAAUGAAAAUGAUUUUUUGAUGCAAAUUAUUUGUUUGACCAUUGCACCUGUUUUCACUAUGGGUGGUAUAUAUUACCAGCUGGCAAAAAUCAUCAAGAUUUAUGGUAGAAGGUUUUCUAAAAAAAUCGGUCCAAUGAUGUACUCUUAUAUUUUCAUUUUCUCUGAUAUUGCUUCAUUAGUCAUACAGGCCGUCGGUGGUGGUAUCGCUGGUGAGGCUGUUGAUUUGAAUGAAUCUACUGCACAAGGUGAUCAUAUCUUUGUUGCAGGGUUGGCCGUUCAAGUUGCUUCAAUGUCUGUUUUCCAAUUUUUUUGGUACAGAUUGGUAUAUUUUAUGUUCAUCAAGACUAGAAUCAGAUAUGCUAAGGAGAAAUUUGGUGCAGAAGGUGAAAAAUUAGCUAAGCCAUUGAAUUGGUUUAAAUUAAUUAAACGGAUUCCUCUACGGGAGUUGGAGCCAUACUUUGAUUCUGAAUAUGCUGCAUUAAGAACCAGAUCUGGCGACAGGAGAUGGGCUUUAGACUAUUUCCCAUUUGCUUUGUCUUUUGCUGUUAUCUUUGUAUACGUUCGUUGUAUUUAUAGAGUUGUUGAGUUGGCCGAAGGUUGGGAAGGGUAUUUAAUUACCCACGAAAUGUAUUUUGUGUUUUUAGAUGGGUUGAUGAUGACGUUGUGUAAUUUGGUUUUGGCUGUUGCCCACCCAGGAUUUGCAUUUGAUGGUGUUCAUACCUCUAUUAAGAUUAAGAGCUUUUCGUUUAAGAAAAACAAGAAAAACAAUAACGAUGUUGAUGAACAAGAUUAUGAAGAUGGGCUUCCAAAUGAAUACGACGAGAACACGGAUUACGUUAAUGACAGUAAUAACAACAAUAUUCCUAACAAUAUGAAUAGCAGUAGUGGGGGUGAGGAAGAUGAAAAAAAUUACUUAAACACGGAGCCAGUUACCUCUUUGGAGAAUUCAAAAAAUAAACAGAGUUUGAAAGAUAAAAUGAAGUUCUGGUGA